CUUAAUAAUUAAUUUUGUAAUCUUGAUUCAUGAACCUUUUGAGCCCCCAUAGAUUCCAUUAAUUUCAGCUGCUUCAACUACACUUAAUUAUUAUUCAUUAAGUAUAAUAAUAACUUUAUUGUCUUUAUUUUUUCAUGAAUGCUGAAUAUGAAGAAGGUUUAUUUUAUUGAUAAUAGAUAAUUGUUUUUUCAGCUUCUAAUUAGUUACAUGUGUUGUUGUUGUUGGUGGUUAAUUAAUAGGUGUAGGUACACGUGAGGGUUCAAUUGUGGGAAUUUGUUAUAUAUGUGAAUUGUUGAUUCUUUCUCCCUUAAGGUUGAUUGUGAUCAUUUGAGUAAUUAAACUAAGCAUACAAGAGAUUCAAUAAUUAAUCAUGUGCGACACUACGUUUGGAACUAUUACUAUUGAUCAACCUCAUAAAGGUAUUGAGAUUGAAUAUUUGGAGGAGGAAAAGAAGACAGGGCUUGAAUCCUUAAAGAAGGUAGCAAGAAGUGCAUCAUCUAAGUUCAAACAUUCAAUGAAGAAAGGGCGAAGGCACAGCAGGGUUAUGUCUGUUGUCGAUGACUACGAAAUCGAUACAGAAGAGUUGCAGGUAGUCGACUCUUUUCGCCAAGCGCUUAUUUUGGAAGAGUUGUUACCAUCAAAACAUGAUGAUCAUCACAUGAUGCUAAGAUUCUUGAGAGCAAGGAAGUAUGACAUUGAGAAAACAAAGCAAAUGUGGGCAGAUAUGAUCCAAUGGAGAAGGGAAUUUGGUGUUGAAACAAUCAUGGAGGAUUUUGAAUUCAAGGAGAUAGAUGAAGUUCUAAAAUACUACCCUCAAGGAACACAUGGAGUUGAUAAAGAUGGAAGACCUGUUUACAUAGAAAGGUUGGGUAUGGUUGACUCUAAUAAGCUGAUGCAAGUAACAACUAUGGACCGGUAUCUAAAGUACCAUGUAAGAGAGUUUGAGAAGACAUUCAAUGUUAAGAUGCCUGCUUGUUCAAUUGCAGCAAAUAAACACAUUGACCAAAGCACAACUAUCUUGGAUGUGCAAGGACUGGGUCUAAGAAGUAUGAAUAAAGCUGCAAGAGAUCUCCUACAGAGGCUUCAGAAGAUUGAUGGUGACAACUAUCCUGAGUCCUUAAACCGUAUGUUCAUCAUCAAUGCUGGUUCUGGAUUUAGGAUGUUGUGGAACACUGUUAAGUCCUUCCUUGAUCCCAAGACUACCUCCAAAAUCCAUGUUCUAGGUAACAAAUACCAGAGCAAGUUGCUUGAAAUCAUUGAUGCCAGUGAACUUCCAGAGUUCUUGGGGGGUACUUGUACUUGUGCAGACAAAGGUGGUUGCAUGCUUUCUGACAAGGGACCAUGGAAUGACCCAAAAAUCUUGAAGAUGGUUCAAAAUGGUGAAGCAAAAUACAGAAGCAAACCUUUCUUCAGGAUCGAGGAGAAAACAAUCAUCGAAGACGUAACAGCGUGUCAAAAGAAUUGUGAUUCUUUUAACAAUGAAUAUGCUCUUGAGGAGGCAUGCCAUGCUAUAGCAAAAGUAGCAAAACAAUGUAAUGUAUAUCAGUUUGACACCGUGGUCCCAAUGAAUGAAAAAACUUGGAAGGAAGCUAUACAAAGCGAUAAAAAAGCACUUUCAGAAGGUUGCUUAGGUGACGAUGUUUGCGAGACUUCUAAUGGAAUUGGAAAUCAAUUUAUCGGUGGAAUCAUGUCCAUUGUUUUGGGAAUCAUAACGUUCAUCCGAAUGUCGCGUAACAUGCCAAAUAAAAUGACUGAAGUUGGUGAUAACUCAGUGUAUUAUAAUGGCGAUAUGAUGAAAGUACCUGUCAUUUCCAUUGAUGAUCAUAUGGUUAUGAUGAAGCGCAUAGCUGAUCUAGAAGAGAAGGUGAAUACUCUCAGUAUUAGACCUUCCAUGCCACUUGAAAAAGAGGAAUUGCUCAACAGUGCUUUAAAUCGUGUUGCUACACUAGAGCAAGAGUUGGCUAUGACCAAGAAGGCACUUGAUGGUGCACUUGUUAGGCAAGCAGAGCUUCAAUCUUACAUUGACAAAAAGAAAAAUAAGAAGAAAUUGUUCUGUCGGUAACAGUUUGACCUCAAAUAUUAAGAGUAGUUAAGAGUUGUAAAGUUGGCGGCUUCCUCUUUCAAUAGCCCCAUGGAUACUACUGCAUUCAGCUAUGUAUAACUUGUCCAUUAUUUUGACUGAUGUUUUAUUUUAUGUAUAAAAAAAUAGUGUGAAUUGAUAUUAUAA